AUGAAACGACCAUUUGCUUCCAUUAAGCAUUUGAGUCAAUUUCCUGAAGAAGAAGAAGAAAUAUUGUUUUCGGUUGGUUCAGUUUUUCGCAUUCUCGAUGUGAAUGAUCGACGAGCAACCAAGGGUCAUUGGUUUGUUAAAAUGAUGAUGGUCGAAAAUGAUGAUGAUUUGAAUGAACUUCGCAGUCAAUUGAAUCAGCAAUAUUCAAGAUAUGGAAAUUUCUGUGAUUUGGGUUCUGCUUUAAUCGGUAUGAGUGAUUAUGAUCGAGCCGAAAGAUAUUUUCAAAUGCUACUGGAAUACACACCAGAAUCAAAGGCAUCAUUUGGUCUUAUACCAAAUUUCCUGGGUAUUAUUUAUGCCAAUCGAGGAGAUUAUCAGAAAGCAUUUGAGUUUCAAGAACGAGCAUUAAAAUUCCGGACUCAAGAGUCAUCGAUUCAAUAUAAUCAACAUCACAUUGCCAAUACUUAUGUACAUCUUGGUGCUGUUUAUCAUCAUCUUGGACAACUUGAUUUAGCAUUGAAACACUUAUUAAUAGCAGUCGAACUGCGAUCACCGACUACAUCAUUAGCAUUUGCCUAUAAUGGAAUUGCCAUCACUUAUCGAGACAAAGACAAUACUCGAUUAGCAUUGGAUUAUUUUUUAAAAGCUCUGGAUAUCUAUGAAAAUGUUUUAAAACGCGACAAAUAUCAUCCGGAGUUAGCCACGACCUACAAUAAUAUUGGUGAAAUCUAUUCUCAUUUAGGUGCUUAUGAUGAUGCUUUAAACUAUUGGACGCAUGCCUUAGAAAUACGUCUCAAAGGUAUCGUGGCGACCCACACCGAUCUAGCUGCUAUCUAUCAUAAUUUAGGAGUAACGUAUUUGGAAACAAAAAGAUUUUACAAAAGCAUUAGAAAUGUACACGAAAGCUUUAGAAAUCGAUAG